CCCCCCUUCCUCCUCUCUCGUACCGCACUCUCACGAGCGCCGCCUCCGCCGCCGCGGCAUAUCCAGCCUCCUGCGCCGACCUCCUAAGUGUCUGGAUCCGUCGACCCGAAGCACUUAUUCACGUGACGGGUUACAGAAUAUAAACUAAAAGUGUGUUGCCAUGGCUCAGGAUGCUGUCGCUCUUAAUGGACUGAAUUACGAGAGUCAUAUGCAGUUUAGGAUGUCCGUCGUACCGAUUCUUAUAUAUCGUCGUCAACAGAAAGAGGAACAGGAACAUGAAGGGGAAGAGGAACAGGAACAUGAAGGGGAAGAGGAACAGGAACAGGAACAUGAAGGAGAAGAGGAACAGGAACAGGAACCAGAGCCGGAACCGGAACCGGAACAGGCAAAUCCAAAUGACCCAAUUUCUGUUGUUCCGGGCAUAGUCACUGUCGCUGGUGAGACAUUUUGCCACAUCAUAGCAAAUAAGAGAUUGCUUUUUACCCGUCGUCGAGGCAGGUAUAGAUUUGAAAUUGCUUUCCCCAACAUGAACUUAGACCUUGACAACCUCAAUGUGGAAAGACAUGGCUUGUUGGCUGCUUUCUACUGCCCUGUUCCUGCUGGAACUGUAGAUGCCGUGCAUUUCAGCAAUCAAACUGCACAGAACCAAAAGCUCAAGAUGUAUGGAUACCAGAUUAGUGCAUCAGGACAAGUACAAAGGGAUCUAACUAAUGGCUAUCUGACUCACAUAGGGAACCGUGUGGGGCAAGAAUACAUCGGACAUGAUUGUACUCCUUCAAAGUUAUCGCUAAGUGGGUCACCCAUUUUUAAUGAGGAAAGACAGCUCGUUGGUAUAUCAUACGCGGAUUUUGGUAUAACCAAGGCCUUGAAUGUGGAGAAUAUAGCUUCCAUGCUUUCAGAGUUUUAUGAUGGAAUGGAGAACAGGCCUAUGUCAGAUAUCUUACAACGUAUCAGAGAUGUUGGUGAACAUCAAUUUGUUCAGCCUGCGGAUCAUAUGACUUGAUGGGCCUUUGUGUGAACUUGUAGGAAGGAAGUUAGAACAUUGGUUUUGUUUUCGUUGUUUACUCGGUUUGUUACCUAGCUUUAGCUUCUCCUUGACUGUUCCAAGUAGUCUACAUGUGCAAACACUGUAUGUGCCAUUUGGUUGGUGGUGUUUCCCUGCACGUAACAGAACAUUCUGUUCAGUCUGUAACUCUGUGCCUGUUGUGAUCCAAUCUGACGAAGUAGCUUACAUUUGAGAUCCAGUCUGAUGAGUAGUGUGACAAUGCGAUGUCUUGUUAUUGUGAACUGAGAUUAUCCAAAUCCAAUCAAGUUUUGAUGUGAUCCA